CGCUCAUCAGCCUUGCACAUACCACGAUGACCACCCUACGACGCGUACAGAAAGAGCUCGCCGAGAUCAAGAAGAACCCCAUCGUUGGCCUCACUGUAGAGCCUCGCGAAGACGACAUCCUCAAGUGGGACUGUAUCAUAAAGGCGGACCCAACAUCGCCAUACAAGGGCGGGAACUUCAAGUUUCUCCUCGAGCUACCCUCCAACUUCCCUUUCAAGGCGCCUACGGUCACCUUCCAGACAAAGAUCUACCACCCGGGCAUCAAUGAGGAAGGAGCAAUAUGCGUACCGAUUCUGCGAGACGAGUGGAAACCUUCCGUGACCUUGUCAACUGUCCUGUCCAUCAUUCAGGAAAAGCUCAACAAUCCCAGCCCCGACGAUCCAUUCGAGCCGCAGAUUGCCGCUCAAUUGAAGACCGAGAAAUCGGCGUUCUUGGCCACAGCCAAGGACUGGACGAAGAAGUAUGCCACGUGAACUGGCCGUCGCGCAUGAUCAUCGACCUGGAGAGAGGGAACACCGUCGACUUUCUGUAUUUUUACCUGCUUUCUUGCAAGCACGCAACAUGUAUUUCUGCCAAGCAACACACAAUGCACCUGUUCUACUCAUCGCAGCACGACGUGAAGGCGUCCCGCACGACCGUCGGGUACCCUCUCGUAGUACUGAUGUGCUUAUCGCAGCCAUCGGCCCUUCUACCCUACAGGUUCCCCCGACGACCCCGACGAGGUUGCGACUCGCAACGUUCGCCGGGGCCCGUCCCCCUCCUUGCUCUACCCGGCUCAGCAGGACCGCAACUCCCGAGCAGCAAUCAGGCAGCAAUCUCUGCAAUCCAGACCCCCAGCCGCU